AUGGGUGCGAAGCUGUCUCUCUUGGCACAGACGGCGCCGUCUAUCGGUAUCUUCUCGUACGUGGAUGUCCUGAAUGAGAUCCAUUACGUCUCACAACUGAACUCCUCAAAGUUUCUGAAGACUUGUAAGGGGAUUGACCCAAAUGGACCCGUGGUCAUAAAAGUGUUUAUAAAGCCACAGGAGAACUAUACAGUCUCUGCAGAACUGGACAAGAUUCGCAAGGAAUCCCUACUACUCAGUCAGUUGCCCAGCGUUCUCAACUUCAGCAAGAUUAUCGAGACGAGUAGGGCUGCGUAUUUAGUGCGGCAGUACAUGAGGGACAAUUUAUACGAUAGGAUAUCGUCAAGACCGUACCUGCAUCAAGUGGAAAAGUUGUUCAUAGCGUUUCAGAUUCUUACAGCGCUACAAGAGAUCCACAAACUGGAUGUCACCCACGGCGAUUUAAAACUGGAAAACAUUCUCCCCAACACCUGGAACUGGAUAUCUAUUGCAGAUUUCUCAAGCUGUUACAAACCAGUAUACCUCCCAGAAGAUAACCCUGGGGAGUUCACCUUCUAUUUCGAUACCUCAAAGAGGAGAUGCUGCUACUUGGCUCCUGAAAGGUUCAGUUCUCAAAGGGCGACUUCAGAGAAGGAAUAUUCUGUCACGAAAGAGAUGGACAUUUUCAGCGCGGGAUGUUGCAUUGCAGAGCUGUUUAACGAUGGUAUUGGUUUGUUUAAUCUGUCUGACAUAUUCAAGUACAAGAAUGGGGAACUUGAUGCAGAUGCACUUCUUUGUGAUUUGUUCCCUGAACAAGAACCUUUGAGACAGCUCAUUCUGGACAUGAUUGACUUGGACCCAAAUAACAGGCUGGCAUGCUCUCAGUUGCUGUCAAAGUACAGAGGAUCGUUGUUUCCAAACCAUUUCUAUACAUUCACUUACGAAUUCUUGAAGAAUUUGGCGAUAUUGAGCACAAAUGUAGCGGGGACUGGGAACAUAGUUUUUAACAAAACACUCGAAGAUAUGUCCUCUGUUACCGAUGAAUGUGUUGAUAAAUUCUACGUUGAUUUCGAAAAGAUAUGCACAUCCCUGGAGUUCCCGCUGACUAAAUUAGAACAAAGAGGCGGAAAACAGUACUCUUUCAAGUUGUCUCAUUCGAAGGCGUAUGCUUUGCAAUCUUUUAGUAAAUUACAGGAUAUUACCACAAUACGAGAAGAAUGCGCGUUGCUCUUUACAUCGUACCUUUCGCACGCCAUACGAAAUACCCUAUCCAGUAACACAAGACUGAAAUGUUUGGAACUGUUGACAAUCUUCUCACAAUACGUGUCGGAUGAGAAUAAACUGGACAGGAUAAUACCUUUUGUUGUGAUGAAUUUUGACCAUAUCGAUGAUGAAAACGUUCAAAGUCUCUCCGUCCAAUGCUUAUGUCAAAUACUCUCCCUGGUGGAAGCGGUGAGUCCGUUGAACGAGAACAUUUUUGUUGACUAUCUUAUGCCGAGACUCAAACGGUUAUUACAAUCAAGUGAGGAGAAGUCAUACGUCAGAGUAGUCUUUGCCAAUUGUUUGGGUGACCUGGUAACGACGGCGUGCAAGUUUCAAGAACUGUCGUUUGCAUCGAAAGAAAUACAACAAAAGAUCCCUUCAUCUGCCGACCAACUAGCACAAGGUUUGGCAGUUAUGGAAAUUACAAACCACUAUACGCGGAAGCUAUUGCAGCAAGUCGAGGAUUUGACUAUUCGUUUGUUAACCAGCAACGACGUAUGGGUGAAAGUUGCUCUGCUCAGGAAUAUCCUCCCCUUGUGUAAUUUUUUUGGGAAGGAGAUGACAAAUGAUGUUAUACUAAGCCACUUGAUAACGUAUUUUAACGAUCGAGAUUUUUUUCUAAGAAUGACAUUAGUUGACGUCAUUCCUGGGAUAGCCAUUCUGUUGGGGCCUAUUGCCUUGGAGCAAUACAUUUUACCACUUUUGAUCCAGACGUUAACCGAUUCUGAAGAAUGGGUCAUUGUCACAGUUCUUCAAGCAGUAGAGGACCUUGCAAAGAUAGGCAUUCUGUCAAAGAGGAUACUUUAUGAUACGGUUGCAAAUGUCGCACCGUUGCUACUUCAUCCAAAUCAUUCGAUUCACCAAUUUUCUCUGAGGAUAGUGUUUGAGAUUACCCAACAAAUGUCUGAUGCCGAGAUAUACUGUGGCUUAUACCCUAUAAUAAGACCUUUUUUUGGUUUUGAUAUUGACUUCGAUUUGGAGACUUUGAUUGAAACCUGCAAACAACCAGUGUCCAGAAUAAUCUACAAUCUACUGUGUAGUUGGUCCCUCAGAGCAUCAAAUUCUUUGUUUUGGCAGCAGGUGCCUAACGAACAUAUUGACUCAUUUGGGAACAAUGCAAUAUCGUUUGUCACAAAGGACUAUAUUCCUCGAAAUUACGGACUAGUGAAUGGGAAAGACAAAUUUAACAAAAAAGAGAUGAUUCUAUUGAAGAAUUCCAAAGAUAUCGUUGAAUCUUUUGACAAAAAACAGAUUCCGUUGACUAUCGAAGACAAAUUAUGGAUUGAUAAAUUUAAGACAAUUGGGUUACGUGACUCCGACUUAUGGAAGCUGGAAGUUUUGCGCGAAUACGUAACCCGAUCAACAAAAUCAUCUGGUCACAAAACGUCGAAACCUUUGUUUAACAAUAGUAGUGUGAGGAGAAAUUAUGAGAUUACUACUGAGCUAUCCAAUGUGAUGCCUCGCAAUGUAUUUUUUGAUAUCGAAUUUUAUGGGGACGAAAUAUUAAACGGCGUAGAAACCGAAAGCACACAGAGCGUCGAAGAAGAAAGUAGAUUUAAAGCAAACCUAUCAAAACGUCUUUUGACUCGAGAACGUUUGGGUUCUAUAGUGGAUAUGCAUGGAUCAUUGGUACUUAAGUCAGCUAACGCGACAGGUUUUGCCACUCAGGAUACUCAAAACGUUAAUGUUCGCUCCAAAUCCACUAUUACUCCAAGUGAGACGUCUAAAAGUAAAUCGCUAAGAUCUUUGGAUUCUUCGAAGAGAUACCUUGUCAAAAACAGUUACGAGGGGAAAGAAAAAACUGUAUUGCAGUUUUUGAACAAGUUUGAAAUUUCACCCUCUUUGCGCGACUUAAAAGAGUUUGGGUUUAUCACCUUUGCAGAAACUGAAUUGAACACGUUGCGUGACAUUAAGGGCAUGUUAAUUGCGAGUUUAGUUGGUGACAAGAAAAUUCCAGUAAUAUCUCUGAAUAUAUCAUUGAAGGAUAAGCCAUACCUAGUUGGCGGUUCUAUUCAAGGUGAUAUAUGUAUAUGGGAUAUGGAGCAUGUGGUCAAGGGAAGGAGACUAAAAUUUUCUUCAACUUAUGAGUGCAAUGCCACUAUUACGCAUAUGGAACUUAUUCCGGGCUUCGAUACGCUAGCAGUAUCUACCAAGAAUGGUAAAAUGGUGUUUCUGAGAAUACUUCAUAAGGAUCGUAAAGAUGGUAAAAGAAGCUACAGUUUUGAGCGUAUUAGAGAACUUGAUCUCAACAAGAAGUCGGCAAAUGCUACUACGAUCGAUGAGUACAUUGUAAACUUCAAGACGUUCAACAAUGAGGAUAGAUCACAUUUAGUCGGCUUGACUAAAUCCGGAUUGAUAAUAAUAAUUGACAUUUGUUCAAUGAGCAUUUUACGCUAUAUUGACAAUCCUGUUACACACGGCGCUGUAUCCUGUUUUGACGUCGACACUGACAAUGAUACAUUGAUAGUAGGUACCGUGAAGGGUAUUAUUGAUGUUUGGGACCUCAGGUUUAAAGUAUUGGUAGAGAGUUUUACAUUUGGAGAUAGUACUCCCAUAAAGUCGAUAAUAACCAGACGAAGCUAUCAUGACAACACAGUUGUUAUUACGGGCGGAUCCUCUGCGGCACUUUGUACCGUAUGGGACUACUCUAAACUGCAGUGUAAAAUGGCGAUUGUUUUAUCCGACGAGCAACCAUCCAUCAGUGCAUUUGUGGCAAACGUUAACAAUUUGGAGAGCUCAGGUAUCAAUCUGAAGAUGAAGCAAGACGUGAACAACCAAGAGAUAUCUUCUAUUGCCGUGAAGGGGUCCUCAAUCGUCAUUUCCAAACUGGAGACCUCUGAUUUGAUUAUAUGUGACAUGGAAACGCAUAGUAAUUCCAAAGCCAUUGCUGGGCCGAACGCGGCCUAUUAUUCUUUUGUGCCGGUGCAGGCGACUGCUGCUUUAUCGUUUAUUCUAAUAAAACCUAUGACGAGGAAGCCGAUAUUGACGAAGCAAAAGAAUGCUGUCACUUUGUCUGUAAUAGGCCAACUGGGACAAACCCCUCUUGUCAUUACUUCUAAUGUCCAGGGGACGAUUAAUGUGUUCAAAUGA